AUGUGUUUCGGCAGUCGCAAGAAGGAUGAGGAGGGCAAUACUCGGUCACGAGAGCUCGACAAGAUUAUUCGACAAGAUGAAAAGCGCAUGGCACGAGAGGUCAAGUUACUUCUUUUAGGUGCCGGCGAGUCGGGAAAGUCAACUGUGCUCAAGCAGAUGAAGUUGAUUUACGCGCAAGGUUUUAGCAAAACGGAAAAGUUAGAGUGGAAGCCUGUCGUAUUCAGCAAUGUCAUCCAGUCGAUGCGCAUAAUAUUCGAUGCCAUGGCCGAUUAUUCCAUCGAAUUUGAAAACAAAGACAACGAGAAAAAUCAAGCAUUACUCCUUGUUGACGUUGAAAUUUCGCCUCACGAUUCACUUCCCCAAGAAUACCUUGAGCCGGUCAAAGCCCUUUGGAACGACAAUGGAGUACAAAAGGCCAUCCAAAAGGGCAACGAAUAUGCUCUCCACGACAAUCUAUCAUACUUCUGCGAAGAUGCGGACCGCCUCUGGGCUGCUGAAUAUAUCCCCACCGACCAAGAUCUGCUGCGAUCACGUUUGAGGACGACAGGCAUUACCGAGACCAUCUUCGAUCUGGGCCAGUUGACAUACCGAAUGUUCGACGUGGGCGGUCAAAGAUCCGAGCGGAAGAAGUGGAUUCAUUGUUUCGAGAAUGUCAAUGUUCUACUAUUCCUAGUCGCGAUCAGCGGUUACGAUCAAUGUCUGGUUGAAGAUAAGGACGGCAAUCAAAUGAACGAAGCCUUGAUGCUUUGGGAAUCCAUUGCAAACUCGCAUUGGUUUACCAAGUCGGCCCUUAUCCUCUUCCUUAAUAAGAUGGAUCUCUUCAAGGAGAAGAUCGCGUCGAGUCCUAUAACGUCACAUGGCUUUGUCGACUACCAAGGUCCGGCGGACGAUUACAAGCAAGCAAGCAAGUACUUCAUGGAUAAGUUUAGGGCUCUGAACCGGAACCCGGAGAAGGAAAUUUAUGGUCAUUUUACCAACGCGACGGAUACAAACUUGCUUAAAAUCACAAUGGGCUCAGUGCAGGACAUGAUCAUCCAGCGCAAUCUGAAGCAGUUGAUACUAAUGCAGCAGCGGUUUCCUAUACUGCAGAAGAAGCGUGGUGUCGCACUCGUUGUUGGUCUCAUGAUAUUGCCUUUAUUCGGUCUCUUAGGACUUCUCGCCCUGCGAAAUCAACAUGGCGAUAGUGGUAACGGGGCUGCUGUGGCGUCUAGCGGCCAAGCUCUUAUCACCGAUGAUACUUAUUUCUACGGCCAGUCCGAGCCGGUAUACCCCUCUCCCGCGAUGACGGGAGUUGGCGCUUGGGCCGAUGCAUAUAAAAAAGCUCUCAACUUUGUUGGGCAGCUUACAAUCGAGGAGAAGGUAACCCUUGCAUCGGGACUCUCCUCUUCUACGGGCAGCUCGGGAACAUUAAACGGCUGCUCUGGCAACAUUGACGCUAUUCCCCGUAUGAACUUCUCGGGCUUCUGUCUGAACGAUGCCGGCCAGGGUGUCAGAGCUACGGACUUUGUCAGUGGUUUUCCGAGCGGUCUCCAUGUUGCUGCCAGUUGGAACAAGGGUUUGGCUCGAGACCGUGCGGAGAGCAUGGGCCUUGAGUUUAGAGUCAAGGGCGUCAAUAUCCACCUCGGACCCGUUGUUGGUCCUAUCGGACGCGUACUACGUGGCGGACGCAAUUGGGAAGGCUUUUCUCCUGACCCCUAUCUCACCGGCAGCCUUGUAUCAGAGACAGUAACGGGAAUUCAGUCGCAGGGGGUCAUCACAAGUACCAAGCAUUUCAUCGGCAACGAACAAGAGACGAACCGACAGCCUACUGGUGACACCGAAUCCGUCUCAUCUAACAUUGACGAUAAGACUAUACACGAGCUGUAUUUAUGGCCAUUCCAAGAUGCUGUCAAGGCCGGGACUGCGAACGUAAUGUGCUCGUACAACCGAGUGAACAACUCUUACGCUUGCGCGAACAGCAAAACCCAAAACGGCCUCCUCAAAACGGAGCUGGGAUUCCAGGGAGCCAUUACUUCGGACUGGGAUGCUCUUCAUGCUGGUGUUGCAUCGGCCAACUCUGGAAUGGACAUGGUCAUGCCAAAUUCGAAGCUCUGGGGAGACAAGCUAACAGAGGCAGUUAGAAAUGGAUCAGUUUCUGAGGAUCGCCUAGAUGACAUGGCAACGCGAAUCAUGGCUGGGUACUAUCAGGUAGGACAGGACAAGGACUUCCCAGAGCCGGGAAUUGGUAUGCCUGUAGACCUAACCCAGCCGCACGACAUCGUCGACGCGAGAAACAUCUCGUCUCAGAAAGUUCUACUGGAUGGUGCUAUUGAAGGUCACGUUUUAGUCAAGAAUAUCAAGAACGCACUUCCAUUGAGUAAACCGAGAAUGCUCUCGGUAUUCGGUUACUCGGCAAAGAGCCCCGAUCAGUGGAACUACAAAUCUAACGGCGGCGUUGCCGCAUGGACUUUUGGAGGUGAAUCAUCCUAUCUUGGGCGCGACACAAGUGCCGGUUUCUCGGGCCAUUACUAUGAAGAUUUUUCGGACAUUGCUCCUAAUGGGACGCUGUUCUGUGGUGGUGGUUCCGGUGCCGUAACGCCAGCUUUCGUUAGCUCGCCGUACGACGCUCUCAACGCUCGCGCGUGGGAUGAUCGGACGGCUGUAUUUUGGGACUUCUUUAGUCCCGAUCCGGAUGUUGCUAGCACGUCGGAUGCAUGUCUCGUUAUUGUCAAUGCGUUUGCAAGCGAAGGGUACGAUCGUCCGAACUUACGGGAUGAUUAUACCGACGGCUUGAUUCGACAUGUGGCGGAUCGGUGCAAUAAUACGAUCGUCAUCUUUCAUAAUGCCGGCGUCCGGUUGGUGGAUCAGUGGAUCGAUCACCCGAACGUAACGGCUUUGAUGUUCGCGCACCUACCUGGUGAGGCGUCUGGCCGUGCUCUCGUCUCCUUGUUAUAUGGAGAGUCGAACCCGUCGGGCAAGUUACCGUACACGGUAGCCAAGAACGAGUCUGAUUAUGAACAUGUUGCCAAACCAGACUUACCCCUGGGUCAAUUCGAGCGUUUCCCUCAAUCGAAUUUCACCGAAGGCGUGUAUAUUGAUUACCGACACUUCGACCUGAAGAAUAUCACACCCCGAUACGAGUUUGGUUUCGGACUGAGCUACACGACGUUCAACUACUCGAAUUUAAGGAUCGAAAAGAGCAACGAUGCUAACACAGAUGAAUAUCCGACGGGAGCCAUCCGCCAGGGUGGGCAGGUAGAUCUUUGGGAUGUUGUAGCAUCGAUCAGUGCGGACAUAAAGAAUGUGGGCGAUGUAUACGGCGGCGAGGUCGCUCAGCUCUAUGUUGGGAUCCCGAACGCGCCGGUACGUCAGCUACGUGGCUUCGAAAAGGCGUUCCUCAACGUGACAAUGGAGGCCACAGCUACAUUCCUCCUCACGAGGCGCGACCUUAGCGUCUGGGACGUGGUCGCGCAGAAGUGGCAUCUACAGCCGGGCGAAUACGGGAUAUUCGUCGGUGGGAGCAGCAGAGAUUUGCCGCUGAAUGGAACGUUGACGAUCUAA